AUACUCCGUGUAUGUUAGUAAUAAGGACACUGUACACAAAAUAAACCAAACUCUGAUUGUCUCCUUUUCCCUUCCCCUUUAAAGGAUCAAUAACCAACGUAAUCUUUUAAUGGAUUCUCAUCUUUUCUCUCCAUUUCUCAGCCCCCCUUAUCGGAAUUUCGUCAUUUUCCGGCAAUCUUUUUCUGAUUUUCCGACCUGUCGAUAACUCUCCGGCCAUUUCUCCGACCAUAUUUAACCGGAAAGUAAAACCGAAGGGAGUAUUUGGGGUAGCUAAAUUAAAGAAAGCUUGAAAUGGGGCAUUUUUCUUCAAUGUUCAAUGGAUUAGCAAGGUCUUUUUCCUUGAAGAAAAGAAAGAAUAGUUCUGGGAAUGGGAAAUAUGAUGGUAGAGAGGCUGUUGAAGUUAUGGCUAAAGAAGCCAAGAGAAAUGACUUGAUAUUAAGGUCUUCAGGCACUGUAAAUGUUGAUGGUUUUAAGAAUUUUGCUUCAUUAUUCUCCAGGAGGGGUGAAAAAGGGGUAAAUCAAGAUUGCUUCAUUGUUUGGGAGGAAUUCGGAUGCCAAGAAGACAUGACAUUCUGUGGUAUAUUUGAUGGUCAUGGUCCUUGGGGUCAUUUUGUGUCAAAGAAGGUUCGAGAAUCGAUAGUAUCAUCGUUGCUUUGCAUUUGGCAGGAGAGUCUAGCUGAGGCUUCAGCUGAUCCAGAUUUGGAUAAAAAGCUUCAAAGGUUUAACAUAUGGAAGGAUUCCUUCUUAAAGGCAUGUGCAACUGUGGAUCAGGAGCUGGAACACCAUCCCAAAAUUGAUACAUUUUACAGUGGAACCACGGCUUUGACAAUAGUCAGACAGGGUGAGGUUUUAUUUAUAGCAAAUGUUGGGGACUCACGUGCUGUAUUGGCUACCACUUGCGAUGAUGGCAACUUGGUACCAGUUCAGCUCACUGUUGAUUUCAAGCCUAAUCUACCUCAGGAAACUGAGAGAAUACUGCAGUGUAAUGGUCGUGUAUUUUGCUUAGAUGAUGAAUCUGGGGUGCACCGAUUAUGGCUGCCCGAUGAAGAAUCUCCUGGAUUGGCGAUGUCUAGAGCCUUCGGGGACUAUUGCGUGAAAGAUUUUGGUCUAAUUUCAGUGCCUGAUGUGACUCAAAGGCAUAUCACAAGCAAAGACCAAUUUGUUGUUCUGGCAACAGAUGGGGUAUGGGAUGUUAUAUCUAACGAAGAGGCUGUAGAAAUUGUAUCCGAAACUCCAGAUAGGGCAAAAGCAGCCAAACAUCUUGUUCAACGCGCUGUCUGUGCUUGGAAACGUAAGAGGAGAGGGAUAGCUGUAGAUGAUAUUUCAGCAGUUGUACUUUUCUUUCAUUCUAAGCAUUUCUGUCAGCAUAUUUAUCCUGUAACUACACCAAAAUAACACUUGAUAGAAAAAGCAAGUUUCUGUCUCUCA